AUGGUCUCCGUCGGCCACGCCGAAGUGUCUGGUUCCUCUUCCGAGGCGGCCGAGACCCCUCGCCAAGCGCAUGCGCUCGACAACAAGGCCAACGCAGAGGCAAGGGGGGCGGGCCAGACAACCGACAGUUCCUCUUCUCCCGUUAGCGACUUGAAUGACGGCGACUAUACAACUGGCGGGAGUCUAUUCCCCGGAAGCCACGACACCACUGACACCUAUGCAUGGGCACUUGCGUCGGGUGAAGCCCAGGCAGGUGUUCCCUGGUAA